GUCGCACGCGAAGCGGACGCCCCACCCGCCGCGAUCUCCCCUUUCCGGUGCCGCGCGCGCAGCCGCGGGGGCAACCUGAACCCUCCCGGCUGGCGCCAGGGGUUCUCGUGUCUCCGCCUCCGCCUUCGUGAGCCGGGAGUGGUUCGGCGGGGGCGCGCAUCUCGUUUGCGGAGUGGUUCGGCGGCGGCGCACGUCUCGUGGUCAUGUCAAGUGUAGGUGCGACCCUGUAGCGGGACGCGGUCUUUCUUUUGAACCGCAAGCCACGUCACGGCCACGCCUCUGCCCCGCUCGCCGUCGCAGCUGCCCCAUCCGAGCCAGUCGCCCUCCACGAUCUUUCGUCCUCCUCCGCCCGUCUCCACAGCUGGGUACGAUUGGUGGCACGUUGCUUUCUUCGCCUCUUGCGCAGCUGCCGCGACCAUGGUGUAGAAAGCGGAGGAGGUGUAGGAUCGGUAGCCCUGCCUCUACGUACCUGGCUGUCUGCCAUGGUGUGUUUGGCUCCGAAGGUGGAUUAGCCAGCGGGCGGGUGUCUGGUCGCGUGUCCACCCAUGGACGCCGGAGGUGGUGCGGGUGUGAGCGCCGCAACAGUCAGCGCCUCGCAUGGACUCGUCCGCUCCUUGGUGGGCUACUCCUUCUCGCCCCUCUUCUUCUGGCUCCUCACCGUCGCGCUCGUCGCCGCGAUCCACAUCGCCUCCGUGCUCAUCUCCUCCAGGAGCGAUGAGGAGAGGGGGGCUAAGAAGAAGGCGCGGCGCGGCGGAAUCGCCGCCGGCGAGGAGAGGGAGGAGGCGGACAGGGGCGAUGACCGGAUUCUGGAGAUGAUGCGCAGUUUCAGCUUCGUGCAGGCGACCGAGGAGGAUUUCCUCGAGGGUAUGGCUCCGUUCAAUCGCGUCGACGCCGGCACGCCGGCUGAGCCGGCUGCGCCUUCGCCCGCGUCGAGCCUCAGCUUCAAGUUUCGGCAUCAGAUACCCGAAAUUUCGGAAAUUCAGCGAGAGACGGCGGUGGUUUCGAGAGAAAUACCAGCGAAAUACGAGGAAGAACAAGAGCAAGAGGAACAGAAGGAACCAUCACUUCCCAUGGGUUCGGCGGCGAAGCACGAACAUGAGGAAGCAGAGGAAACAGAGCUGAUACCGGAAGAACAGGUAGAAGAGCAGAGGAGAGAUGUUGUGGAGGCAGCACCAUCGAAGGUCGUCGCGACCACGCGCAACUACCGGUUCUUGACGGAGGGCGACUUCCGGGGGUUCGUCAAGGAGCCGGAGGCCAUGACGGUGCGCGUCCAGGAGUCCUUCGUGCCGCUGCCGCCGGCGCAGCCCGAGGAGCGAAGAGUGGUCAACAUCGCCCCCCGCAGCUGCGGCUUCCUGACGGAGAAAGGCUUCCGGCUGGCGAACGAUCCCGACGUGUGCGAGAGCGUGGCGUCGUCCGGGAAGAGGACGCCGUCGCAGAGCCGGAAGCCGGCGAGCUCCCCGUCCGUCGCGUCCAAAGGCAGCAGCGUCGGCGGGCGGAUGAGCUUCGCGUCGGAGUUCUCUGGCUUCGGCGAGUCCGACUCCGAGUCUAGCGCCAGCGACGGGUACUCGGUGAAGGAGCUCGUAGUCGACUCCGACAGCGACUGGUUCCUCUCGGAGAAGGACUUCCCGGCGACCGCGCACAACGCAGGCCGCCUCAAGAGUUACAAGGUCAAUGUGCUCAAGGCCAUAGAAGCCCUGGAUGAUGAGGUGGCCAAACUGGAGCAGUCUUUUCAGGACUCAGCGACCACGGUGUCGCCGGGCUCGGUCGGCCAGGGCUCGCCGGACAGCAUCCCAGAUGGCUCUGUCAAGUACCCUGAGGACACGUGGUCUCGCAGCCCUUCGCCGGACGUCGAGUACAAAGAGGACGAGUUGAAGGUAACAAGAGAAGCUGAAGAGGCCGAGGAGAAGAGCACAGCGGAAGAUGAGGGGAGCGUUGACAUGAGCGACGACGAUCACUCGUCGGGCGGCAAGAAGGUAGCACUGGCGCCGGUGAAUGAUGCUGCUCCUGUUGCUGACAACAGUAUGGAUCAUUCAGAGAAGGAAACCAUCACUGUAAACGAUGACUCGGGUGAAGUAGUUUCUGAUGAUAAGAGAAGUCCAGAGGCAGCCUCUGAGAGAGGAUUAGCUGUUUCCUCAAAUCAAGUUGCUGGUCCUGAUGCUAGGAGAAGCCCAGAACCAUCAGAGAAGGAAUUUGUCGGUACGGUUGAUCAUUCACUUCAGCACAGUCCCAACGACGGGAGAGAAACUGCCAGUGAAAGCGAUCAGUCAUAUGAAAUAGUUUUUGAUGACAAGAGAAGGCCAGAGCCUCCGGAGAUAGGAUUUGUCGGUACGAUUGGUCACUCGCAUGAACUUAUUUCUGAUGUUUGGAAAGAGAUCGUUAGUAGAAAUGAUCAACCAUCCGCAGUGGUUUAUGCUGAUAAGGGAGGCCUGGUUCCAUCAGAGGAAGAAUUUGUGGCCACAAAUUAUCAUUCAAACGAACUUAUUUCUUAUGAGAAGAAAGUGACUUUCAGUACUACAAAUGAUCAGUCACAUGCAGUAGUUUCUGAUGAUAAGAGCAUUCCAGAGACUCCAGAGCAAGAAUUCACUGCAACUGACCAUCCAUUUGGACUAGUUUCUGACGCCAAGAACAUUUCAGAGACCAAAGAAGAUGAAGAACAAGCCACCACACAUAAUCGUUUAGACAAUGCUGAUUACAUUUCGGUCACCGGGAAGGUGAAGGUGUAUGAUGAUGAGGGGGAGGAUCCAGAAGUCAAGUGGAAAGAUUUGACAGAGGAGGAGGAGGACGAGUUGGAGUCGCUGUGGGAGCACCAGGACCUGAUAGAGCAGCUGAAGCUUGAGCUGAAGAAGGUGCGGUCGAUCGGGCUGCCGACGAUCCUGGAGGAGUCCGAGACACCAAAGGCGCCAAUGGAGGACCUCAAGCCGUGGAGGAUCGACGCCAAGUUCCUUCGUGAAGACCCAAUGGACGAGCUAAACAAGUUCUACAAGAGUUACAGGGAGAGGAUGAGGAAGUUUGACAUAUUGUGCUACCAGAAGAUGUAUGCAAUAGAUUUCCUACAGCUUAGAGGGCCUCAGCAGUCCACCAACUCUCUGAAAUCCUUGUCGCCGACGGUGACAUCCAUCCUGUCACACAAUUUCCGGUCGUCGCGUCGGAGAUCUCCCGAGGACCCGUCGGAGCGGUUUCUUAAGGAGCUCCGGUACGACCUGGAGACGGUGUACGUCGGCCAGAUGUGCCUGUCAUGGGAGUUCCUCCGGUGGCAGUAUGAGCAGGCCCGUGAUCUGCCGGAGUCCGACCCUUACCACAGCCAUCAGUACAACCAGGUGGCCGGAGAGUUCCAGCAGUUUCAGGUUGUGGUGCAGAGGUUCGUCGAGGAUGAAUCAUUCAAGGGCCCAAGGUUGCCAAACUACAUCAACAACCGAUGCGUCCUUCGCAAUCUCUUGCAAGUACCCGUGAUAAAAGAGGACAGCUUGAAGGACAGGAUGGAGGAUCAGCGCAAGGGGAACUAUGUCAUAACCAGCGAGGAGCUGGAGGACAUCAUGGAGGAGGCGAUGCACAUUCUGUGGGAGUUCAUCAAGGCCGACAAGGUCGAGACGACAUCGGUGCUCAAGGGCUUGUCAGGAACUCACGUUGAGCUUCAGGACCCUUUAGACCAUGAUCUAAUGGCGCAUAUCCAUGCCGCGCUACAGAAGAAAGAGAAGAGGCUCAAGGACCUCCUCCGGACCGGGAACUGCAUUGUAAAGAAGUUCAAGAAGCCCAAGGAGGACAGAUCGAACCAGAACCUCUUCUUCUCGCAGGUCGAUAUGCGACUCGUGGCACGGGUGCUGCGGAUGCCGAGGAUCACCAGCGAUCAGCUGCAGUGGUGCAAGGCAAAGCUUGACAAGAUCAUACUAGUAGAUAGGAAGAUCCACAGGGAGGCUUCAUUUUUGUUGUUUCCCUGCUGAGAGAGUACAUAUAUGAUUUUAAUUUUGUUCUUUUUUCCUCCAUAAAACAUCUACACCAAUCACCAUGUAAUCCACGGGUUGUAGUUUUUUUUAAAAAUCUUUUAGCAGUUCAGUUCUUUACACAGGUCGGUAAUUAUAAUUGUAACUUGAUAAACAGGUCACGAGUCAUAGAGUCCAUGACUCAAUACAUUACCUAGAAGUUACACAGUAAUAAUCGCCUCAAGGGCCGUUAUGGAACGCGGGAAAUUUUUUCCA